GCUCCGCAAUGUGUACAGAGGCGGAAACUGCUGGGUGUUGAUCUACGGCUCUGCUUUCGUGAUAUCCACCCUCCCCACGUGUUGGAUCUCUCAUUGGUGAUACCAAAUCAUUCUUUUGUCUCGUCGUCUCUCAUAUAUCCCGUCGCACGCCACUAUUGCUUCUUUUUCGAUCCUUUCUCGCAGCCAAGCCUUCACCAGCGUGAGAUCCACAGGUAUUCGGAGCAAGUUGCUUUCGCGCGAUGAGCAGCCUCGCUGGUCCCCCUCCCAGAAAUAUCAUCACCGGUGGUCCAGGUGUGCCCGGAAAGACGCAGAACUUGCCAGUCAUCUCCUCGUCCAGCCAGACUUCUCGCGAUCCAAUGGCUGUCACUCCGCCUGCGUCGGCGGCGACAGGCGGCGCGCCGCCGCCUGUCCACAGUAGCCCCGACAGUGAUCGAGCCGGUGCCCAUAAUGCCAACGGUACUGUCGAAGCUGGUAAUCUCAGCAGCAAUACCAGUAUCGCGAGUUCCAACAAUGUGUCAAAUCCAGCCGUUGGCGCGGCUGCUGCUGCUCAACAGCCCAAGGUCGUCCAGACGGCCUUCAUUCAUAAGCUCUAUAAUAUGCUGGAAGACCCGUCUAUACAACAUUUAAUAUCGUGGUCUAGAACAAACGAUAGUUUUGUCAUGUCUCCCACCUCUGAAUUCUCCAAAGUUCUUGCUCAAUAUUUCAAACACACCAAUAUCUCCUCUUUCGUUCGACAGCUGAAUAUGUACGGCUUUCACAAAGUGAGCGAUGUGUUCCAUACCGGCGCGCCUGACUCGGCUUUGUGGGAAUUUAAACAUGGCAACGGCAACUUUAAGCGCGGUGAUUUGAUCGGUCUUAGGGAAAUCAAGCGUCGAGCAUCUCGACAUGCGCUAAUUCAUCGGGAUUCGUUUCCAAGCCACAAACCAACAGUCUCGCAGCCCGGUACACCCGCGGAGUCGGCUCCUGAUGCGAUGGAUGCACGCAUGAUGAAUCUGGAGAAUUCCCUGUUCGAUAUGCACAACCGCUUGGCUCGCGCAGAAGAGAGCAAUGCUGCGCUCAGCUCCAAAUACCAACUGAUGGCUGACAGUCUUGUCAGAUGCUACCAGUGGACUCACUCCAUCUCUCAUUUCCUCCAAGCCAUGGUUCCAGAACGCGAAAGUCCGCUCUUCAGGGAUGUCUCCAACAUGCAGAAAGAAAUUGAGCAACACCUUGAUGCGGUACGAUCUCUAGACAACUCGCACGAGCCUGUCCCCCCAGCCAGGCAGCCCUUUUUCACCAAUGUGACUGUCGAUACUGGGCCACCGCUUUCACCUCGUCAAAUCCCUCAGAGCGACAGCCGCAGGCCGUCGAUAUCGGUUGUCGACACUUCCAGGUCCAGUAUGAUCCGUCCCCCUGUUCCACCACACCUCGCCGUCUCUCCUCGUCGCUACGGCUCAAUUGGUGCGGCAAACUCGUCUCCCAACUACAACCGGCCUCCAGUUCCUCCACCUGUUCCCCCGCAACAGCCAAUUCCUCAUCCACUUUCUACGGUCUCUUCUCCUCCCGGAGGCCCGAACCUCGCUCGUCGUCAUACUUCGGCCGAUAUUCGCCAACAUGGAUGGUCGCCGUCUGGGUUGUCGCCUUUUGCCUCGGCCAAUGUACCGGCAUCGAAUUCAGCCGCCCCGUGGCCACCUUCACCACACCGAACGCCAACUUCAAGCGAACAGCAGGUCCGCGAAGUUCUCGCUCAAUAUGAGAUGGGAGUCCCGCGACGGUUCCAUGACAACUCCCGACACGGUACACCCCCAUUAGCAACCGACACUCCGCCAUCUACAUUGAGUGUCGAAGGUGGCUGGGCUGUUGGCGGCCCGAGGUUCCCUCGGUACGAGUCGUCCUUACCAGCAACUCGGCGCUCCAGCAUGGCAAGCAAUGUUCAUUCAUUGCUGAAUCCAGCCGAUACUGCAGAGAGACCAAACGAGGAUUCGCCAAUGGGUGAAGACCGGAAACGAAGGAGACUAGACUAACAUCCCCUCCUUACGCCUCUGCACUUGACCUGGCCUGCCAUUGCAGCAGAAAAUGCUUUUCUUUCAGAAAUGCAUCCAUUUCGCCACCUUUUCCUUCUUCGCCACUUUUGGUCUAUACCAGU